AGAGAAAAGUAUUUAAAGAGAGAGUGAGACGGAGGCACGGAUCAGAGGAGUUCGGAGCGUAAAAGGUAACCGGAGCAGAGAUGGAGAGCGACUCGUGCGAGGAGAGUGACAGCGGAGUGUCGGCCGACCUCUCCCCCAGGAGCACUUUGGCGGAGAGCGGAGGCGGCUCGGCUCGUGCUCGCAAAGAAACCCCCAUCGAGAGGGAGAUCCGCAAGGCCAUAGAGCGAGAGCACAGCCUGAGGAGAUCCAGGGGGCUUCCCAAUCCGCCCACAGCCCCGGAAUACGUGGAGAUCCCUUUGAGGAAAGCUGUCAGCGUCAACGCCGCGUCGCUUCCCAACGGAAAGUCGGAAAGAUACCAAGGCAAAGACAAGCAGUUUGCGGGGAAAAAGAUGCAGCAGGAGAUUUACGCAGAGACCCGAAGAGAACAGGAUUUGGUCAAACUCGGGAAAAUUCCAGGGUUUUACGACAAAGGGAGUGUCCAGCAACUCAAGGAACGAAAGCAGAUUUUUGAGGCCUUUCAGAAACCUAAAGAUUCAGCUCCGAAUAAAGCGAUAUCAAACUCAAACCUUCAACUCGUUUCUAUUUCGGAGAACGGGUCGUCGAAUAAUAAAGCAACAAAACCCGGAUCUGACCCUAGAAAUGAGAAGAAUUUAAAAACGCCAAAGCUUCACCCAGAAUCAAAGCACCACCAAGUUAUCAUCAUAGAAAACAACGUGGAUCACGCGCCGAAACGACCCAACGCCAACGGAAACGCGACCGCAGCCGUCGACUCGAGUAAGGGCAAAACGAGAAAAGUCCAAGAUGUCCCAGAUGGGGAUUCGCCACCGAAGGAGAACCCUUUUUUCAAGCUGCGUCCGUCUACGUCGGUCGUGAAAGUGGAGCGGGACAUUCGGGAAGCUCAGGAGAGGGAACGGGAACUUCGGGAGCAGAGGAUGAACGUGUACGGGACCCGACGCGAGCGGGGAAAAGACGGGACAACAACUGCAACGGAAGAACAUAAAAGCCUGUCUGAAAGCCUGUCUUCGCCUGUUCAAGACUCGAGCCAAAACGGAGUCGCAACCACCGCAGCAGUUCGUCAUUCGCCGGGAAAACUCGUGUGGCCCCCUGCUGCGGCGGAGAAGAAUUACCAAACAGAGGUUAACCAGUGUCCUCAGACCCCCAGACAGAAGACCCCGCUGCUGCAGUUCUGGGAAUCGCGCUCAUUCCACGCGCAGGACGACUGAACGAGACCGCAGACGACGAAAGAGAAGAAGAAGAAAACUAUGCAUCAUACAGCAAGGACGAGCGAAGGAGGCGACGAGCGAAAAGGGUUGAGACUUGAAGCCGGAAACGGGGUCAGGUGGAUUGGGAGCGCGGGCGGGAUCGCUGCUGGUGAACUGAAAACCCUGAAAUGUCCUUUAGUGGAGGAGGAGGAGCGGGAAAAAGGAGGAGGAGGAGGAGGAGGAGGAGGUGUAGGUAUAAAUGUGGAAGGACUUGGCCUGGUUCUGCUUCAGCCCUAAACACGAGGGCAGUUUUGUAACGAAAUCAACGAAUCGGGUCAGAAAUGUUUCGCAAAACCAUGUGAUAAUCAGAUGUCAAACUUUCAGCUUUCUUGUUGUUCUUGUUGUUCUUGUUGUUCUUGUUGUUCUUGUUGUUCCAUCUCUUCUUCAUUUAUUACUUGUUUGUGCUUAGAACUACUCCAUUUGUCGACCUUUUUUAAGUCGGUCAAGCCAAAUAAAUGAACUACACGACCAGGCAAAAGGAGAAUAAUAUUUACAAAAUAAUACAUCAAAAAUAUAUUAUCUUGAAGAAACGACAUAAUUAUCUUGAAGGAACGACAUAAUUAUCUUGAAGAAACGACAUAAUUAUCUCGAAGAAACGACACAAUUAUCUCGAAGAAACGACAUAAUUAUCUUGAGGGACAGAACAUAAUAAUUUCUAUACAUAUAUUUUCAUGAUCGCACAAGAUAUUUAACUUAAAAAAUCAAUUAGGUUGUUAAUUUAUUUUUUAAGUUGUUCCGUCGAGAUAAUAUCGUGUGGGAUUGUGAUAUUAUCUCCUGGUUGUGCAUUAAUAUAAUAAUCUGCAAAAAGGACAGAUUUUUAAGACUUAUUUUAACAACUUUCCACAUGUUAUAUUCACACAGAAGACACCAAAUAUUUGACGUAAGAUAAAUGAGAUUAUGCAGUAAAGAAAAACAGUGAAGUAACUCUACUAAAUAUUUUUCAGCAAAGCAAAACGUGGAUACUUUAAGGAUGUGGAUAUAAAAAAAAAACUCCAUUUGUUUUGCUUUGUAUAUUUGAAGUCUUGUGUGUUGAUAUAAAAUGUAGAACGUAGUAAAAAAUAAAAAAUGUCGUGUCCGAACUUUGACCUGGUCGUGUAAAUUCAAACUAAAAGCGUCACCAUCUUAAAAGCACUUACAGUAUUAUCAUAAACAUCAAAAAUCCUCCUUCAAAAUGGUGGAUUUAACGCCAACGCCAAGCCUCGCCGGAUCAAAUCUCUUAUAAUGUAUUUUUAAUGAUUCAUAUUUGAUUGUUUAUUCGUUGCAUAGACGUAGGGGGCGACAGCGGCUCAGUUGGUAGAGCGUUUGUCCGCUGACCCACAGAUGAAAGCUGUCGCCGUGUCCUCGGGCAAGACACUUCACCCACCUCGCCCCCAGUGUUUCUGCGUUCACUGGUGUAUGAAUGUGUGAAUGGGCGAACGUUUCCUUGACGUAAAGUGAUUUGAGUGAAGUAAAAGAAGUAAAAAAAACUGCACUGAACUCCAUUUUUACCAUUACUUGUACUUUUGUUCAUGAAAGUUGACAUUGAAACGCUACAAGGCCUUGAGUUUUGACUUUAUAUCGAACACAAAACUCCAGCAAAAACAACAGAUCUUGUAAAGAGAUAGACCGAUCGGGCCGAUAUUCGCACUUUUUAGCGUAUCAGAUAUCGGCCUUAAAUCUCCAGCGCGGACCGAUAUUUAGUUUUGGCCGAUCUGCUGCCUAAAAAGUACAAAAAGCUUUAUUUAUUUUAACCAAACCCAAAGCGAUAACUGCACAAAACCUCCACACAGCUCUGUUAAAGGCGGUGUUUCCAAAAAGAAUCUAAAUCCGUGCUUCGUAUCAGCCCAGAAUAUCGACAGAUCUUAUCAGACAUCAGUUUUUCUGGAUUCUAAACAAUCGGUAUCGGCAUUAAACGUAUCAGUCUAUCUCUGUCUCAUACUAAUGAUCUGCAGUCUGCUGUAUUCUAAACGGGGCAGUGAUACCGUUGCAUAAUCCUUCUGUAAAUUCCUUUCGCUUCUUGUAAAUGGAUCUCUGUUCGGGAAGUUGCCACAUGUUGUAAUUAAAUUAUUAUUAUUGCUUCUCUGUUGUAUAACUUUGAUAUGGAGCUAUAAACGUUGAACUUUGGAAUGAUCCGAGUCUGUUUUUUCC